AUGAGAGAAAUCCUCCAUAUUCAAGCUGGUCAGUGUGGUAACCAAAUUGGUGCCAAGUUUUGGGAGGUUGUGUGUGAUGAACAUGGGAUUGAUCCCACAGGAAAUUACGUUGGCAACUCUCAAGUACAACUUGAGAGGGUUAAUGUUUACUACAAUGAGGCUAGUGGUGGCCGCUAUGUGCCUAGAGCUGUGCUAAUGGACCUUGAGCCAGGGACCAUGGACAGCUUAAGGACUGGUCCCUAUGGGCAAAUCUUUAGGCCUGAUAAUUUUGUUUUCGGCCAAAAUGGAGCUGGAAAUAACUGGGCUAAGGGGCAUUAUACUGAAGGAGCAGAACUGAUUGAUUCUGUUCUUGAUGUUGUUCGAAAAGAAGCUGAGAAUUGUGAUUGCUUACAAGGCUUCCAAAUCUGUCAUUCUCUGGGAGGUGGAACUGGAUCAGGAAUGGGGACUCUGCUCAUAUCAAAGAUCAGGGAAGAAUACCCUGAUAGGAUGAUGCUAACUUUCUCAGUAUUUCCCUCUCCUAAGGUUUCUGAUACUGUGGUUGAGCCCUACAACGCCACCCUCUCUGUACACCAACUAGUUGAAAAUGCCGAUGAGUGUAUGGUCCUUGACAAUGAAGCUCUCUAUGAUAUCUGCUUUCGAACCCUCAAGCUCACCAAUCCAAGCUUUGGUGAUCUUAACCAUUUGAUUUCGACAACCAUGAGUGGAGUAACAUGUUGCCUUCGAUUCCCCGGCCAGUUGAACUCCGAUCUUCGAAAACUAGCGGUGAACUUAAUCCCCUUCCCACGUCUCCAUUUCUUCAUGGUUGGCUUUGCACCAUUAACCUCCCGUGGCUCGCAACAGUACCGUGCCUUAACCAUCCCUGAGCUGACACAACAAAUGUGGGAUGCCAAAAACAUGAUGUGUGCAGCCGACCCUCGGCACGGUAGGUACUUAACAGCCUCAGCUAUGUUCCGAGGCAAAAUGAGCACUAAGGAAGUUGAUGAACAGAUGAUAAAUGUGCAAAACAAGAACUCCUCAUAUUUUGUUGAGUGGAUUCCUAAUAAUGUUAAAUCAAGUGUUUGUGACAUUCCACCAACUGGGUUAGCAAUGUCAUCAACAUUUAUGGGAAACUCUACGUCUAUCCAAGAAAUGUUUAGGCGUGUUUCGGAACAAUUUACAGUCAUGUUUAGGAGAAAGGCAUUUCUGCAUUGGUAUACUGGGGAAGGAAUGGAUGAAAUGGAGUUCACUGAGGCUGAAAGUAAUAUGAAUGAUUUGGUUUCUGAAUAUCAACAAUAUCAAGAUGCCGCAGCUGAUAACGAGGAGGACUAUGAUGAAGAAGAGGCUAUGGAGAACUAA